AGGGUGGGGACUGAGAAAGUUUUGUGAAAAAGCUUGAAGUCUGAGAGAGAAGAGCACACAAAUAGAAAGGCAGAGGGAGAAAACUGUUCUCAGAAGCAAACUACAAACUGGAGAAUCAUUUCCAGUGCCUUUUUCCUGAUGCUGCCUGUGUGUUUUUGUGUAAGAGGCAGGGGGAUGGACAUCACUGUGCUCAUGUUGCUGCUGGCCAUGCUGCAAUGCUCAUAUUGCUUUAGUGAGCUGAGAGCCAGGGAUCCAGAUGUAGAGGAAAAAGAAAAGGCAGAGCUUAAAAGCAACUUUAGCCCAGCUAACACCAUGGUUCCACUUGAAUAUGAGCAUCUCAGCAGAUCUGGACAAAUGGAUACUCAGGUGGAGAGACCUGAGAAGCCUUUGACCUUUUUGAGCGAGAGUUUACAUCAGCCUGCAGGCACAGGGAACUGGUGUACAUUUGUUCAUCAGCGUUUGAUAAACACGGCUGAGCUCAGUGGUGCUGAGGAGCAUAAAGAGAGUACUGAUCAGCUCUCCUCACAUCCUAUGUAUAGACAGAAGAAGAAAACUAAUAAUGCAUUGUAUUGGAAAUGCUGCCCAGGCCAUGGAGGCUACUUCUGUCAGGAGACAGUGGCUUCAACAAGAAUAGGUCAACCACACACAGAAUCAACCCCAACAGACGUUUCACCGGAUGAUAACUCAGAUUCUGGCAGCGCUGGAGCUAUUCCUCCUUCUCCUUCUUCUCCUUCUUUUCCUUCUAUGCCUUUCAUGGAUUCGAGCAGCAUGGCAAUUCAUCAAAUAUUUGCAGCAGUAAUGACCCAACUUCAGCCAGUGCUGAAUGGCUUUAAUCAUACUUUGGAGAAUUUGUCCAGAAAGGUGGAAGACUUCUCUGUAGAAUUGAACAAUCUGAAGAAUGAACAAGAGAGUAUGUCCAAAACAAGGCAUGCACAUGAAGAAAAAUAUAAGAAGGACCUUGAAGACAACUUGGAACAGAUACAUCAGAUAUGGACAGAGUUGGACUCACAACAAAAAGAAAUAGAACAAACAGUACACUUGCAACAAGAACGUCUGCUUCAUAAUAUGACUAGUCUGCAGGACAGAAUUUACCACUGUAUGAACGUGAGUCAUGAGGAAAUACAGGUGAGUUUAGAGUCCCUGAAUAAAUCCAUGGAAGAAAUUCAACUUAAUCAUGAAAGGCUGCAGGAGACAACAGAGGGAGAACAUGAUCUCACACUUAAUGCUAGUGAAAGCCAGUCACAGCUGGAGACUAGUAUGUGGGAGGCAAUCAGUAGUCUGGACAUGAAAGUGCUCAAUAACACAAUGGAGCUCAUUCCUCUCACUGAAAACUCCAAACAUUUGAUUAAUAUUGUCCAGAAGUUAGACCAUAACUUGAGGAACCUGAGUCAACACCUGGAGUACAUCAGCCACAACACAGAGGUCCAUUUGGCACAGAUUGGCCUUGAAGUAGAGGCAGCUAGAGUUGGUACUCAGAAAAUAGUUAAUGAACUAGCUUCUAAUCACAGUACACUAGAGAGAGAUUUGCGAGAUAUUCAACUUGAUGUGGACAAUAUCUAUCAGCAUGUCCAAAAUAAUGAGCUUGCCACAGUAGGUGAGGUUUGCAGCUGUAAAGAAAUCAGUGAGUCAUUGAUUAAGUUGGAAUCUAAGGUUACUAAUGUCACAAACCUCGCUAAAGAAAACCAGUAUGCCCUGGAAGAUGUUGAGGCGAAGAAAGGACUUGGCCAGUGGCCCCUUGAAGUUGAAGAUCUCCGUCAAGGCCUGUGGAGUGUGAGAGAAUCACUAGCAUUUGAGCAAGUAAAAAGAAAAACUCUUUAUGACAACCUGGCCCAGUUAAAAAGUUCUCUCCAGGACAGCCAAAAGGAGAUCACUGGGCUUAAAGGCCAAUUUGUCGCUAAGGAAGCAGAAAUUAGACACAUCUCUGCAUCAUUCACUUCUUUACUCAAGGACGCCAUCCGCCACUCUGAUGUUCUUGAGGUGCUUUUAGGAGAUGAGGUAAUGGAGUUCACAAGCUGGACCGAGAGCCAGCAGAAAGAGCUUGCUAUUCCUGUACUGCUGCAGAAAAUGCGUCUGAUGCAAGAAAAGAUCGAUAGUCAUGAUUAUAGCUUGACCACUUUAAGGAAGAACAGUGCCAGUGCUCAAAUGACUAAUGAUGACCCUGUGGCAUUUACAGAAUGGAGCCUCACAAAAGACCAGGGGAGUAAUACUGAAGAUCAGAGAGACAUUUUAACAGACAUUUCCAGAAGGGAGGAUGAUGAUGACUACUCAGUUAGUGACUUCUGGAGCCUUGGCAAGGAAGUGGAGCAGCUUGCUAACAGACUCAGCAUGCUGGAACAGCAACCAUGCAACUGCACUGCUGCCCCCAGUGGUGUUGUAAUGGAACUGCAGAGAGAUUUUAUAAUCCUGCAACAAACUCUGGAGGCUCAUCUGAGAACUUUCCAGACCUUAUUCGUAUAUACAGAAGAGCUAGCUGGGUCAUCUGGGGGUGUGAACUUGGACCAGCUGCAGACCAUGCUGAGAAAAGAGAGGAAGAGAAAGAAGGGACAAAAUAUGCAGAAAAAUGGAGAGACAAGCAGCAUGCGCAGUAAAAGGCACACUGGGAAAGAGUAAUGACAUUUCUGGUGGUUAUUAACACCACAUAUACUGAUAGCUUCUGGACUUGUAGGAGAUUUGUCAGUUCAAAUCCUGGAAAUAAAAAUUCCAGAUGAUGCAUCUUAUUAAUGCAAAAAAAUCUUUUAGAUGGUGAGAUGUUUAUACUUUCUUUUGAAAAGUAGGAGGAAUGCAGCCCUAUACUGCAAAAUAGUUUAAGUGGUACACACUUUGUAAGAAAAACCCUUCCAAAGGUUCUUACAUUUGUUAAACAAAAAAGGUUCUACUUUGACAUACUCAGCUGUGCAAAGAGACAGAGAAAAAAUCCCAUAAUAGCAUCCCAUGUAGCAAAAAUGGUAAGAAUCCUAAGGGUAAAAAAAAAAAAAAAAAACUAAUUUGUUUUACAGAAGCCUAUACACUACUUUAAUGCUAUAAUGCCUCUUAAUUAAAAUUUCUAGGUCUCUAGGUCUGGAUGACCUAUUAGAAAUAUUAACACGAAACAUUCCUGUGUAUUUUGGGUAUCUAGUGUCGCUUUUAGAAAUUAAUGGUUGCUCACUGUAAUUAGUAUCUGAGGAGACAUUACAUCCAGUUUAUACCAAUUGUUUAAGUAGAUUAUUGCCAAAUCACCUGGAAUUAGCUUUGGAAAUGUAAGUAAAAAUGCUAUAACAGCCCUCUCCGUCUUUUUCAUACGAAUACAGCCAUCGCUUUGUGGUUUUCACCAUUGGUCUGAAUCGGCUGCAAGGUGUUUCUAAACCAUGGCAGUGCAGUUCAUUAUCAGAAGUGUGUCAUGGUCCCCACCUUGGCAUCUACCUGACAUUAGAGUCAUUUUUAUCCCUAAGUAAGAAAGAUAUUCCUUGGGUGUCUACAGGAAGGGGAGGUAAGGCUUAUAAGCCAGGAAUGUCUCCUAAAGCUUGAGAUGGAUGAUCAUGCUGGAGCAUGUGAAGAGAACACUGGUCCAAAUGCAGGAUUAAUCACACACAUUCUUCUGUUUUACACAGAGGAUUAGGAAAUGACAGAGAACUAGUAACUUGGAGUUACUGUGUGCAAUCCAAAUGCCAAAGAUGACGUUCUAUGCUUUUGUGUUGAAGAUCUUCGUAUUCAGGUGCCCCCUUGUGGCCAUUUACAAAGAAAACCAUACACAGGUCCUGCUGAUUGACCUUUAAAGAAGGGCAAGCUCUCAAUUUAAAGAGCAUAUCCACAACCAAGCUCCCUGAUGUCGAGCUAUGAUCGAAGCGUGCAAGAGAGGCAGUGAGAUACCCAAUGGCUAUGUGUUGCCCACCCUCCAAAAACGCUAGCGGUUUGUAGGAUCGGUUAUUAAUUAAUUGUUAAAUUCUCAAUCGGUUGAUACAUAUUUGUGUUUUAUAUUUUGUAUUGAGUUUGUAACAAUACAUUUAUUUGCUAGCAAGUUUUGAAUAUACACAGCUUUUUAAAAGAUCCAAUUAAAUAAUCCGUGCUACUAGUUUAAUGUGGGUAUAAAGUCUAACAAUUUUGAACCAAAUAUGAUUAUCACUUUUUCUAGACUCUGCGUGCUCAAAAUAAAGGACUAUGCUUCUCUUA